AAAAACGACUAAGGUUGCGCCUGCAGCAGAAAUCAGUGUAGAAAAACUCCGUCGAAGAGGCGAGAGGUGUCGAUUCGUGCAAUCUACUGAGCCGCAGAGUAACGACUGCUUUGUGCGCAGUUCGGGAAGAACCCGUUCAGCCCCCGGCUCCUCCCGAGGUUUGCCUGCGCAGCGGCGCGUUCGUCGGGCUCACAUGUGCCAUUAAGACCCCCGGUUGUUGGCAUUUGGACUGGACGUGUUUUGUUUUGGUGCGCGCAAUGAUGGCCACUUACCAAAACCCGGAGGAUGACGCAAUGGCCUUAAUGAUCCACGACACCAACAGCAGCAAGGAGAAGGAGCGACCCAAAGAGGAGCCGGCCCAGGACAAGGUCUCGGAGAAGCCGGAUCCUUCCCAGAAACCACCGUACUCCUAUGUCGCGCUCAUUGCCAUGGCCAUUCGAGAGAGCUCCGAGAAGCGCCUCACGCUGUCUGGUAUUUACCAGUAUAUAAUCAGCAAAUUUCCCUUCUAUGAGAAAAACAAAAAAGGCUGGCAGAACAGCAUCAGGCACAAUCUAAGUCUUAAUGAAUGCUUCAUUAAGGUUCCGCGUGAGGGCGGCGGGGAGAGAAAGGGGAAUUACUGGACACUCGACCCAGCCUGUGAGGACAUGUUUGAGAAGGGGAACUACCGGAGGCGCCGCAGGAUGAAGCGGCCGUUCAGACCCCCGCCGACGCACUUCCAGCCGGGCAAGUCCCUGUUCGGGGGCGACGGCUACAGCUACCUGUCCCCGCCGAAGUAUCUGCAGUCCAGCUUCAUGAACAACUCCUGGUCGCUGGGUCAGCCGCCCACGCCCAUGUCCUACACGUCCUGUCAGAUGGCCAGCGGCAACGUGAGUCCGGUGAACGUGAAGGGGCUGUCGGCCCCCUCGUCCUACAACCCCUACUCGCGGGUACAGAGCAUGGCGCUGCCGAGCAUGGUGAACUCUUACAACGGCAUGGGUCACCAUCACCACCCCGCGCAUCCCCACCACGCGCAGCAGCUGAGUCCCGCCACCGCCGCACCGCCGCCGGUCUCCUCCGGCAACGGGGGCGGCCUCCAGUUCGCCUGCUCCCGUCAGCCGACGGAGCUCUCCAUGAUGCACUGCUCGUACUGGGAACACGAGACCAAACACUCGGCGUUACACACAAGGAUUGAUAUUUAAAGUUUACCACGCGGUCCGCGCACCAACGGGGACUCGGUGACAACUAGUUCCUGUUAUUUCAAAACAGAACCAAGAGUAUUUCGAAGAGACGAUUCCGACGAGCUUUUUUGGGUCCAGCUGACGCCUAUAGCCGCGUGACGAUGGGGAGGUAUGCGUUACUGACAACGUGUUAUCAAAUGGAACCGAGACGUGAAGAAGUCGCCAGGACGCGUCAGGUAGCGCGAGCUCUGGGAACCAUUUCGUGCGCCUGCCUUUCACUUGAACUGAUGGCCAUUCAUUCGGUGUUUUAGUCAAGAUUGUGCUCGCGAAAAACCUCACUUUCACGGAGAUGGUCGCCGCCUUUGCUGUGCGUAAAGAUGCCUCUCGGCUUUACGCAGGGCUCAUCCAAACCAUUGCCUAAUUAAUCGUGAUCACGAGAUGCCCUAAUUAGGUCAGCGCUUUCUUGUGUAAUUAAUUCAGAGCUCAUUUUGGUAUCAUGUAUCAAGGUAAAACCUCCACGUGAGCCUCGUCCAGGUCAACAGACUGCCAAAAUCAGGGUUUUUCAUAUCUCUCGAUGCCAUGUGUAUGUAUAUUAUUUACGAAAUGACGCCAGCCAGUGCCAGGUUUUGUUAAUCGUUCUAAUUAUUAUUUUUUUUAUAAACGUGAUUAGCUUUAUAGUCUCAUUCAUGUUGGGGCCAUGUUUCAUUUUAAUUAGCACUUUUCCCUCUUUUCUAGGUUUGUGAAUUUCUUAAUAAACUUGUAUUUCUUAAAGUAA